CUUCUUCAUCUUCUUCACAGCAAAGACCUUUUCAAAGCUCCCCUUACAAUCACUCACACUUUCCCUCUCUUUCUCUCUGUUUUUCUCACCCUACAUUCUCUGGUUUCUCUCCAAGCUCUCCUCUCUCUCCAUCUUAUAAAACACAUCAUCAUUUAGCAAGAAACGAUCCCAGAACCACCAUUAACACAAGCCAACAUGAUCUCUUCCGUCAGGCUCAGAACCCCGACGUUCACGUCGGCACAGCUCUCCACCCAGAAAUGUUCAUUGCCGAUAAUAGAACAUUGUUCCUUCCCUAAUAAUAUUCACAAUGGGAAACAGAGCAUGCUCUGUUUUCACAAGCCGCUCCACAUUUCUUCAGCGGAGAGCUUCGCAUUGGUGGCCAUAAGCCAUAAGAGGGAUUCGACGAGGUGUGAGGCGUAUGAGGCAGACAGUUCACGCCCGAUCGAGAUCAACAUCGACCUGCCGGACCAUCAGGCUCGGAAGGAGACAGCCCAGACGUUGAGGAUUAGUAUCUACUUUGCGACCUGGUGGGCUUUGAAUGUUGUGUUCAAUAUUUACAACAAGAAGGUUUUGAAUGUCUUCCCAUUUCCAUGGCUUACGUCGACGUUGUCACUCGCAACUGGGUCUCUGAUGAUGCUCAUUUCUUGGGCUGUUGGGAUUGCUGAAGCCCCCAAGACAGAUGUGGACUUCUGGAAGACACUGUCUCCGGUUGCAGUGGCACAUUCAAUUGGUCAUGUAGCGGCGACUGUGAGUAUGGCAAAUGUUGCAGUUUCGUUCACUCAUAUCAUCAAGAGUGGUGAACCUGCUUUCAGUGUCUUGGUUUCUAGGUUCUUGUUAGGCGAAACCUUUCCCACUUCUGUUUACCUCUCAUUGUUGCCCAUUAUUGGAGGAUGUGGGCUUGCUGCUAUAACCGAGCUCAAUUUCAACAUGAUUGGGUUUAUGGGAGCUAUGAUAUCAAAUCUGGCAUUCGUGUUUCGAAACAUAUUUUCGAAGAAAGGGAUGAAGGGGAAGUCUGUCAGUGGCAUGAACUACUAUGCUUGUCUGUCUAUGUUGUCUCUAUUGAUCCUGAUUCCGUUUGCCAUUGCCGUCGAGGGUCCCCAGGUAUGGGCUGCUGGAUGGAAGACAGCCCUUGAACAGAUUGGUCCCAAUUUCGUAUGGUGGGUGGCAGCUCAAAGUAUCUUCUAUCACUUGUAUAAUCAGGUUUCGUACAUGUCGCUCGAUCAAAUUUCUCCCUUGACAUUCAGCAUUGGGAACACAAUGAAGCGUAUUUCCGUCAUAGUUUCUUCCAUCAUCAUUUUCCGGACUCCUGUUCAACCGAUCAAUUGCCUCGGAGCAGCCAUUGCAAUCUUUGGCACCUUCCUUUACUCACAGAGCAACAAGGGCAACAAGGGCAGCAAGAAGUGAGGAAGUUUGAAGAUAUCAAAGCUAGCAUGUAACACAGCCGAUUACGAGAUACGAUGAGACUGGUCUGCUUAUAGAUAUCUGGAUAUUUGGACGAUCAAUCAAACGGGUAUCUGAGUGUAUGGUCAACUGAACUUCCUUGUUUUGUGUGAUCGAGAUCAUAGUCUUGAAACCACGGAUUUGGCUCAUAUGGUUAGCGUAUGCGUACAAGUCUUUUUGUUCAGUGGUUGAGAGCUGAGAAUUUGUAUUGUAGAUUUUGUAGUAAAUAAGAAGCAUGCUUAUUGAGGCCAGUUACCUUUUGAGGCACAAUAAGAGCUGGAUUUCAGAUUUUGUCAAAUCAUUGCGUGCAUAGAAAUGAUGCAGCAACUUGAAACUGUCAAAUACAAGCCUGGGAUGUUACUCUCA